AUGGCGACUCCGCAGCAAUCUGCAGAUCGCGCAUCGAGCGACACCAACUCUCUGCAUUCAAACAAUGCUGACAGCUCGGGAGAGCUUGCAGCCGUUGUUGACGACUUGCUCAACCAAUUGAACACCAAGUUCUCAACUAUCAGCGGCGAUCUGCUCGCCAAGAUGGACGAUAUGUCACGGCGGUUGGAUAAUCUUGAAGCGGCGAUGCAAACUGGAGACGGCACCAAAGGCUCGGGGUCAGAGAAGUAA